AUGGACCACGACCAGUUGCGCUCGCUCUCUAGCGAGACGGCUGGCUGUGUCCAUGUCGAUAACGGCUUCACACGCCAUUCUUCAACGGCGUUCGACAGUUACCAUGCGCCGCUUGACAUGUACAGCGACCAGCUGCACUUCAUUAUGGGACCUUACGCCUAUGACCUGCCGGUCCCGAAUAUCCAAGAGCAGGAUCCUGAGCAGGCGUGGAAGCAGGUAUCCACCAAUUUGCCGGUUCGAAUCAGCAGCCCAUGGGAUCCCGUUGCCCCCAACGCAGAUUUUCUCGCGCCCAAGCCCGAGCAUGAUAACUAUGGCAGCACUGCCACGCUCAGUCAUCCCACAUACAGCCAAACCGAUACGUCCUACCUAGGCCAUCGCCGUAUCGCGCCAUCCACCGGGGAUGAAAGGAGCAUUAUCAGCGAGUACACGAACAACUCCAACCGCUCCACCAAAUGCAGCGACUGUGGAGCGCUCGUGAACUCGAGGCUGAUGCAGCGACACCGUCAAGACCGUCACCGGCAGGAUGACGACCUGCAAUACACAUGCAAAUGCACGUACAAGGCCCCGCCUGCACGCAAAUGGAACUACCUCCGGCACAUCGACAAGUGCAAAGUGAAGGAUGACUCCCAACGGGCUUUCACGUGCAUCUGCCAGAAGACGUCGAACGACUUGCAGCCUCAUCUCGAUCACAUUAAGGACUGCGGGAAGAAGCGAGUCGGACGGCCCCCAAACAGCGCUCGAACUAUCAGCUAA